AUGGAAAAGAUCACCAAACACCCAUACCUCGACUAUCAAACCACAAAUAUCAGAACACUUCCCACAUCUAACCAACCACCUCAAAACCUCAUAUCAAACAACCUACCAACAAUGCAAUUCUCCAUCAACACCCUCCUCCUCGCCCUCGCUGGCACCCUCAGCCUCGUCCACGCCUCCCCAGCCGGCGUCGCCUCCGGUGACCUCAUCACCCCUCGCGAAGCGAUCCCGUUCCCCGAGCCCAAGGCCAACUGCUGCUCCUGCGACCUCGAGGACCGCGGCGCCGGAAACUACGUCUGCAAGGUCGCCAAGAAGAGCAUCUGCGCCGUGCCGCUCAUCGCGUGCCCGCUCGACCCGGCCACCCAGGAGCAGUGCUGCUGCUGUGACCCCAAGACGCCCGCCAUGCGCUGCAAGGCGAUCCCCAAGGGUAGCGGCUGUAUCUGCACCGCUGUCAAGUGCCCUUUCCAGUUUGACAUGUCGUUCUUGCCGGCGGGCGCUGUCUGA